CAAAGAUUGUUUAGUACAAACUGCAACCGAAAAAAGCAUUGCAUUUCUAGAAGGUGUGAAUCAAAGAGAACUGAACAGGGAAGAUAAGCCUGCUGCAUUGACUUUCAUUCCAGAAGAUGUUAUGUAUGAUUUCAGCGUGAUCGCACCAGGCAAAAAUCUUCUCCUUAAUAAGCAGUUGAAACCAGAUGGGGAGUCUUUGGAUUUCUUUGAUGAAGAGGUCGCCAAGUUUGAUUACGAGGUAUCUGGCGAUGACAGUCAGGAUGUAGGUUCGACAUCACAAAAGGCAGAUUCAUGUCUGACGAGUAGAUCUCGGACAUGCCCCAUUUGUGGGGUCAGCUGCACCACAGCCUAUGUCAUGAAAUGCCACAUGUCAACUCAUUCUGGCCAGAGGUUUUACAAGUGUGACAUCUGCGAUG